CCUCCCGGCCGGGCCGGCCAAUCCGCGGCGGGCCUGCGUGACACACACGCCGUCACUUAAGCAGCUUCCACGCGCCGGGCCGGGACAAGGAGAAGGAGGCGAGGCACGACGCGCGGCCACUUUGGAGAGCCGCACCACGGACGGGAGCUUGGCGGGGACGACGACGCCGAGAGCGAGCGAGCGAAGGAGCGUGCAGCCAGCCAGCCAGCCCCGCUAGCCAGCCAGCCAGCCAGCCAGGCUUGGAAGUAGCCAGCCCCGAGGAGCCCAGAAGCAGCAGCAGCGCGGCGGAGCUCGACGGGCACUUGGAGAGACGGAGCGCACGACGAGGGCGCACGGCGCAGCGCCAUGGAGUCCGGCGGCGGCAAGGUGAGCGCGCGGUGCCUCUCCAACUCUCUCCCUCUUUUUCUUUCCCCGGGUCUCUGCCCGGGAAUCCCUCCCGCGUCACGGAUCCCCCGAUCCCCCCCCGAUCCCCGUGCCUUCCUGGCGUCCAAGCAGGCGAUCGGGGGCGGGGGGCUUCCAUAGCGAGCGGGCGCGCGCGCCGGACCGCUAGACCCCUCCGGAGAAAGCCGGUUGGCAGCGGCUCCCCCGUGUGGCUGAAGCCGGCAAGGCCCUCCCGCGACGGGGGAGGGAGCGCGCUGCAAUGCCGUGCCGUGCCUACUACUGCUCCCCGCCCCCACCAGGCUGUCCCGCCACCGCUCGGGCUCCUCUCCCCCGCCCCCGUUGCCUCCCGUUGCAUCAUGUCGCUUUCCAAAUGGUUGGCCGUGGGGCAACCCAUAAUACUCUCAAGCAAGUCGGGGAAGGGCUGAAGUUCAAAAUAACUGUUCCCUACCCUCCAAAAAAUCAGCAACGAACCACUGAUGGAGAAAAAGUGUUACUUCCGUUAAAAGGCUCCUGGGAGGGUGUCCUUUGUCUCCUGUGUUCCGGCUGCUUUGAUAUUUAAAUCGACUUUCCUUUGGUUUUAGAGGGACUGGGGUUUUUUUGGGGGGGGCAAUCUCUACACUGGAAACCAAAGGGGUCCACUCUCUUCCCCACUCCCCCCCCCCACGGAAUUUGUUUGAGUUUUGAGGGUGAUGGCUUGAAUGGCAGCGUUCAUGUCCCGCCUCUGUUUCCGAUUCAAACAAUGGUUGUAAAUGGGGUUUUGGUUUCAGGGCCUUCUGCUUAAAUGGGAUGGGGGGGAACACAUCGGGAUGAAGGUGGUGAAAUAAGGAAACAUAAAUAAAGGCAGCCUUCUUAACGUUGGACAAAAAUGCAGGAAAGUCCAACUUCGCCUUUUCCUCCUUUGCUGCCCCGAUUUGAUUGGGUGGUGAGGCAAAGUGGAAAUUUUUGGUUUGGAGCUUGUGUGUGUGUGUGUGUGUGUGUGUGUUAGCCCGCUCAUAGCUUGAGGGGCUCCCACCUCCCCAGAGAAUAAUUUGUUCCACCUUUUGCCUCUACUUCAGCGUCUAAAUUUUCCUCUACUGAAUGGAAAUUUUGUGUUUGGAUGCAAAACUCUUGGCAACACACUGAACAGGUUUAUUGAUGUGCAGUAGAUCUAUAUUUUUCUGAAACUGAAAGAGAAAAGAAUGAAAAGAAAUUGGGGAAACACCUGUUUCAUUUAUGAGGACUUCUUAAAGCUAGCCUAAUGUUUGGCAACUUUACGCCUGUCAAUAUUCUGUGACUGGUUUAGACAUUAGUGGAGCGCAAUUCGCAAAGUUUUGUGUGCUUGUGUUCCCUAUUAAACAGGGUUCAAGUGCCUUUUUGGGGCUGCAGAAGGUGUUCCAAAAACCCCUGAGUCUGGGACAGCCCACUAUGAUUGUAACAGUCAGCUGGAAAUUUGUCAGAAAAUCUGCAGCCUCUGUAACAAGGAGAAAUGGCAACUUUUGUUGAUGAUGCCGUGAUUGAGAAGCUGGAAUAUUUGACUGUGUGCAUCAGUUUCCGCUUUAUUUCCUAAUUUACAAUUUUUUUUACAAAAAAAAGCAUUCCAUCCUUCAAGGUCACCAAGCGAGUGUAUGUUAUUUUGGGGUUAUUUUAUUUUACAACAGCCCUGCAAUUGGCUGGGCUCAAGUUACGCAGAGGACAUGGUGUGUUGGUUAAAUUGUUAGGCCAGGACAGGAGAGAUGCUGGUUCAAAUCAUGCUCUGCUGGGAAGCUCAUGGGUGAUGUUGUAACCCUUGCUUUAUCUUGACCAUGACCUGCCUUGCCAGGGCUGUUGUGAGCAUAAAACAGAAGAUACAAUAAAUGAACCCACGAUGUUUCCUGUCCAGUCUUCUAGCCUCUGUCCCAGUCUUUGCCAGGCUGCAAAAUAUCCAGAGGGCAGCAGGUUGGCAAAGCCUAGACUUCAUCAUAUUGGCUAUCUGAGCUGUUGGACAGUGAUAUUUGCAAAAAAGAGAAGCAUCCACCAUUGACUUGUAAUGCAAGCCCACAAACUCAGGGUGCUUGGAUUGAGUUGUGUGCGGCUCUGCACAGGCAAAAUCCAGAACUAGCAGUGUGUGAGCAUUUGCAAACCAGUUCUGGUGCUCAGUCUUACGUGUGCCUAUUUGAAAUUGCAAUGCUGCUGGGUUCAGUGGGACUACCCAGAAAGUGUACACUACGAGGUUGCAGCUUAAGGCUCAGAAGAUGCAUUGUACUUAGUUGCUGUAUAAAGGCAGGUGAAAUGGAGGAGAGCUGAUUUUCCCAGCCAGAGGGCCUCUGAGCUCAGGUACCAGAAAUAAGACAGGGUAAAGGUAAAGGGACCCAUGACCAUUAGGUCCAGCGGUGACUGACUCUGGGGUUGCGGCGCUCAUCUCGCUUUAUUGGCCGAGGGAGCCGGCAUACAGCUUCCAGGUCAUGUGGCCAGCAUGACCAAGCCGCUUCUGGCGAACCAGAGCAGCGCACGGAAAUGCAGUUUACCUUCCCGCCAGAGUGGUACCUAUUUAUCUACUUGCACUUUGACGUGCUUUCAAACUGCUAGGUGGGUAGGAGCUGGGACCGAGCAAUGGGAGCUCACCCCGUCGCGGGGAUUCAAAUCACCAACCUUCUGAUCGGCAAGUCCUAGGCUCUGUGGUUUAACCCACAGCGCCACCCGCGUUGCUGUAUAAAGGCAGGUGAAAUGGAGGAGAGCUGAUUUUCCCAGCCAGAGGGGCUCUGAGCUCAGGUACCAGAAAUAAGACGGGGUAGGGUAGGGUAGGGUAGGGGAAAUAGUCUAGUGCAGCCUUUCUCAACCUUAGGACCCCAGAUGUUGUUGGACAACGACUCCCAUCAUUCCUAGUUAGCAAGAUGAUGGGAGUUGUAGUCCAACAACAUCUGGGUACCCAAGAUUGAGAAAGGCUGGUCUCUGGGAAGUAUUGAAGAUCCAGCUACACUUACCAACAUCACUCCAGCUCUUAAAUCUGAGGACCCCACCCCUGAAUUUGUAUGGGAUUGGGGUAGACCUGGGAUUAAACACCCAACAAGCCUAUAGGCAUGUUGACUCAGAAGUAAGUUGCACUAUGUGCAUUGGGUCUUAAUCGCAAGGAAGCGCACUGUGUAACCUGCCCCCAUGGGUGUUGCCAGGAUUUUUGUUAGGGGGCAGCCCACCUUGGCUAUGCCCAUGCCUGCCCCCUAUGCAUGUUUUCUCCUUUGGUGUUUAAAUUCCAAUAGGUUCAAUGGGGCUUACGAAUAGGUAAGAACCGUGUCUGGUGCUGCGUGGUUCAGCUGCAGUUUUGUGCUGCUUGUAAAUCCCGUUGAGCUUAAUGUUCUCCUAUGCAUGUCUGCUCAGAAGUCAGCCCCAUUGAAUUCAGUGGAGCUUUUACUCCAAGGCAUAGGCUUGCAGCCUUAGAGUAAAUAAGUCAGGCUGUCUGCUAGUCACGGUGACUUUGGUGAGAUUAACUUGCUUGUGGAUCACACCAUCAGUCUAGAGUUUUAGUAAGGCUUACUUUUUAUUUUGGGAUCAAGUAAUCUAUUUCUCACACGUACCUUUAUUGGCAGACGAUUCUGUUUUUUUGUACCCUCUCCCCUGAGUUUACAGAUAGGUUUGGUCCCAUGUUAGCUCUUCUCUAAGUAGACACAUUGAAAUUGAUGAGCAUGACUAAUUUAGGUCCAUUAAUUUCAGUAGGGCUAUGCUGUUGUUGUUAAUCUGUAAAACGUUGCCUUCUAUUACAUUAUAUUAGAAAUAUUUUUUUAGACUCUGAAAUCAUUCUAAAAUUCCUUACAAGGCUCACAAUGAGGGGGGGAAUAACUGGAUUGUUUUCACUUUUUAAAUCGCAUCCCUCUUUUUGUGGGGGUUGCCUGUCAUGUACCGCCACACAUUGUAACUUGGUUAGUUUCUGUUUUGAAGAUCCAGCAGAAUAUAUUUUGAUUAAACACAAUCACAUUUUAUAUUCUCCGAAAUCCCCCUCUUGAAAACCAGUUAAAAUACACAGUUAAAAUCCAGUUAAGUUCAGGGUGUGUUUCUGCUUUUACGGUGUACAUGUCUGCAAGUGUCCAGACUGACGUGUCUGUAAUUGGACUUUUUCUCCUCUCAAAAUGUCAAACAUACCUGUUCUGCAACAUUUCCUAUCUAGGAAAUGACAGUUGUGCAAUAUCUGCAGACAUUCUUCCCCGGGAGUAAUAGAGAGAUGUUUAAUCAUUCUUUAAAAUGAAUGGCUUUGUGUUUAAAAAUUGUCUCGUACAUUUCGGUUAAUGGAGGGUGAAACCUCAGCACUGAAAUGAACAUUGAGCUUGGGUUAGGAAUGUCCUUUCCAUCGCUAAUGAACUUGGAUUAUGCGGCAGCCAGUUGCAAAUUUCUUUAGAAAUUGUGCAAUGCAAUCCUAUAAAAAGUUUACUCAGAAGUAGGCCCUAUUAAGCUCAAACGUUUAUACUCCCAGGUAAGCAUGUAUAGGCUUGCUAUCUCGGUCUCUUUCGCUUUUCCUAUCAUCGAUCUGUAAUGAUGCUUUAAGCGUUUCAUCUUUAUUUUUCAAUUUAUUGUCCCUGUCACUAAUGAUAAAGAGAGCUUUCCCAGAAUCUCACACUUGUUCUUCAGUGUGGUGUUGUAGGGGGGGGAAAUUCUGCUCAAGAAUCAUCUGUGGUACUCACUUUUCAAAUGUUGAGGUCCAACUCCCACAUAUAUUCCUGGCCUUAGUUCUCUGUCUGUGAAAUGAGUGACCUACUAUGUUUGUUACACCAAAUAUGCUGCUUGUCCUGCAGGGAGAUGAAAGCAGCAGGGAUAUUGCUGUUGGGCGGUCUCCCAUCCACUUUUCAGCCCAAACCUCCACAGUUUGAGAAGUAGACCUACAGUAUAGAAACUUAAAUUGUAGAGAGUCAUCAGGUGUACCCCUUGCAAUGUAUAUGUAAAAGGUAAAGGGAGCCCUGACUGUUACGUCCAGUCGCGGACGACUCUGGGGUUGCAGUGCUCAUCUCGCUUUACUGACCGAGGGAGCCGGCGUACAGCUUCCAAGCAAAUGUUCCAGUGGAUUGUUGCCAGGGGUGCCGACUUGAAUAAAAUAUUGUGGGGGCCCCAGGUAAGCCCCGCACCGCAUAAUCAAUCACAUGACAAAGUGCGCACACACCGUUUGAAUGGGAAUACUCAUCAACUUUGUUCAGCCCCCUCAAAUAUUUUAUUGUGGGGGCCAAAGCCCCCAUGUUCCCUAGGAGUUGGCUCCUAAGAUCCCUGCCAAUAAUGCAUUUGAGUCAACAGUGAUUUCUUGGUUUCUGUUGGAAUUACCGACAAUAGAAGAAUGGAGAUUGAAAUUGACAGACUAUGCGGAAUUGGACAAAUUAACUGGGAAAAUCAGAUAUGCCCGAGACCAAAGGUUCAUCGAAGACUGGGGAAAGUUUGUAGAGUAUCUGAAAAAUGUAUGCGAUAUACAAACAACGCUAGUGGGGUUUCGAGAGGCGCUGUAAAAACUGAGAGAUAUUGUCAAAAAAGAAAUAGAAGGGAGAGGGAAGACAAAAGGCAAUAUGUGUAAAGGGAAUGCGUAAUUAAGAGAUAAACAUGGAUGAUUGCCAGAGAAGCUAAAGGAAGUCCAAAAGAGAUGUUUUGUUACAAUUUGGUUAAAAAUGCAUAAAUGUAUUGGAAAAUUAAUAAAAAUUUAUUUAAAAAAUAAUAAUCUGGCCCGCCGGUCGGUUCAAUCCGGCCCCUGUGGCAGUUUAUUUCCUGAGGUAAAAUCCUAAAAAAACCUCAACCACUUUAAUCCUAAAAAAAGUUCAACAGCUUUGGGGUAAAAUCAUAAAGAAAGGCCAACCACUUCAAUCCUAAAAAAAGGCAACAACUUUGAUUGGCCCUUUGGUCGGCCCUCACGGCCCUUCACUUCAUCAAAUCUGGCCCUCUUUGAAAAAUGUUUGGACACCACUGGCUUAUGGAGAUCUCAUGCAGGAGACUAGUUCCUAAACUGGAACUGAGUUCUGUCUCGGGUUACAUUUGGGGAGUGUCAGUAUCCUGGCAAUGACUGACAUAAAAGAGCAGAAAUCCUGCUGUGUGAUGCCUGAAGAUGAGCUGUAGUGCCGGGUUUGAACUAUAGGGCAGGUAAACUCUUGACAUGAAAUUUUGGGAGGAAGCUUUCUCCACAACCCUGCGAGAUAGGCAGGCCUGACAGAUGGCAACUCAACAAGCUCACGGGCUGUGGACUUGAACUCGUAUCUUGCCUAUCCAUCACAACAGAGAUGCCCCAAUGGGGUAGUAUCCUCCAUUAUACCUGAGUGGAGCUGAGGGGGUGCACACAGCCCUGAUCUCUAACAGAGGGGAAAGACUACAGGGCUCAGGAGCUGUGGCUGCUGCUUCUGUCCUCUAGCUCCCCACAAGUACCUGCCACCUAAUGCGAUUGUCUAACGGUAGGGCUGGCCCGGUUUCUAAUUCUCAAAAGGAGAGCGCAGGCAAAAGCAAUUGAAGCAGUUGCUUAGGAGCUGCCCCAUCUUCAGGUGACUUUCCCUUAUGCUCUCAGCUCACCCGGACCAAGACGAGGUCACAGGUGAUUCCUAAGAGAGAGGGAAGCCCUGGUGUGGCAGGCAGAUAUUAAUUCCACCGGGGCAGACCGCUGCUACCAGAAUUUUUUUUUAAUUUUUAUAUUCAAAAUUAUAACAAGCCAUAUUAUCCAAAAACAUAUCAUCCUUGUUUUCCCCCCCAUUUUUCCUCCCCCCCCCAAAACCCACCCCCCGACUUCCCUCAGUUCCAGUCUUUGGUUUCUCUAAGAAUGCUGUUUUCUGCAUGUUACAAAGUUGUAUAGAUCCUCAAACUAUUUAGCUGAUUAUUGUCAAUAAAAAGUUUGUGAAUGUUUAUUCAAAAUCUGCAAAGGAGUCCAGUUCGCUUUGUUGCAUCUUCAGAUACUUUGUGAAAGGUUCCCAUUCAUCCUUAAAGUCACAGUUAUCCUUGUCCCGUAGCUUACCGGUAUAUGUCAGUUUUGCCAGUUCUGCAUAGUCCACCAAUUUUUCUUGCCAUGAUUCUUUAGUUGGGGUUUCUUCAGUCUUCCAUCCUUGUGCUACCAGAACUCUCGCGGCCGUUGUCGCAUACAUGAAGAUGUUUUUCAACUUAUUUGGCAGGUCUUUCCCUACCAGAAUUUUGAUGGGCAUCUCGCAUUAUGCCUGUUCUGAAAGAGUUGAAUUGGCUGCCUAUUUCCUUCCGAGCCUUGAUUUAGGAUGCUGGCAAAUCCUUUCGUUAGGUGCUGUUCCUAUAGCAAUGUUGUCUUAUCCUGCUCCUUACUUAGUUUUAUGCUUUUCGUCUGCCUUUUUUAAAAAAGUACAUUGGUAUACCUGUACUUGUUUUCAUUUUGUAUAACGCAGCAGGCCUGCUUUGUUUGGACCUGAGGUCUCAGUUUUGUUUCUCCGCUGCAAGCAAAGACCUUACUGUUUACUGUGGUUUUCUGGGUUUAUUGUGGGGAAGAAUCAUGGCUCAAGGGCGGAGAGCCUACUUUGCAUGCAGAAAGUCCCAGGUUCAGUCUAGGUAGGGUUGGGAAUGUCCCCUGCUUGAAACCCUGGAGAGUUGCUGCCAGCCAGUGUAGACAUCACUGAGCUUGAUGGACCAAAGGUCUGACUCGGGAUAAGGCAGUCCUUAUAUUGGCAAUUCAAGGGGCUGGAUUUAGCCCAUGUGCCUUCACUUGUUGACUAUGAGGGUAGGCAGCACAUUGAUUCCCAGGGCUAUCUUAUGAAGUUGCAGUCUUGUACUAGACAUGUAACCUGGGUGCAAUUCAAUAGGGCUGCCUUCUGAACUAUGAUACUGCCUCACCCCAAGUCAGACCAGCUUGUCCAAGGGGCUGGUGGUGGCUUUCCAGCUGCGGUGGGUAUCCUGUAGCCCUCCAGAUGUUUUUUGGACUACAAGCCCCAGCAGCCCUGUCCAGUCCCCAGAGGUGAUGGGAGUUGGGGUCCUCACCCCUGCUCUGCAAGGCCCUUUUCAGCCCUGCUAACUGGAGACGCUUCAAUGACAAUUGCUAGAAAUUGAGCCCGGGGCUCUCUCUCCAUUCAAAGCCUGUGUGCAACCGCAGACUCACUCAUUGUUUUAAUUACAUUUGCUUCCAAGGAGCGAAAGCAGCACUUACAAUUUCCUCUUUGCCUUUUAUCCUUGCACUGAUCCCAUAAAGUUGGUAUUGCUGAGUGUGUGUGUGUGACUGGCCCAAGAAGGACUGAGGAUUUGAACCCAUGUCUCUGCAGACGUGGUCUGACUCUUAUGGGGCCAUCUCCCUUUUUAAUAAAGGGACAUACGCUAUUCCUCUUCAUUUCCCAAUUCUGCUGCCAUAGAGGCAAACCCAUUGAGGCAUUUAUCUUUCUAUAGCUAAAGGGUCUCUCGGGUCUGUUUACUAUCCUGAAAUGCAAACGCUUUCUCUUCCUGCUUAAAUUUUUUAUUACAGUGGUACCUCAGGUUACAGACGCUUCAUGUUGCAGACUCUUCAGGUUACAUACUCUGCUAACCCAGAAAUAGUACCUCGGGUUAAGAAAUUUGCUUCAGGAUGAGAACAGAAAUCGUGCUCCGGCGGCGCAGCGGCAGCGGGAGGCCCCAUUAGCUAAAGUGGUGCUUCAGGUUAAGAACAGUUUCAGGUUAAUAACAGACCUCCGGAACGAAUUAAGUACUUAACCCGAGGUACCACUGUAUUAUUAUUCGUUUUCAUUGAAGAUUUUUCUGCAUUAACAAAAUAAACAAAUAAGGGAAAGCACCUACAGCGUCUCCACUUUCCAUUCAUAGAGCCUGCAUAUGGCCCAAUCUCACUGAUAAAUCAAGUUUGCAAAAAAUAUUCCUGCUUUAGGCUUGCAAAGGCGGAAGACCAGCCCAAAACAGAGCCUCACCCACAUCAAAGGGCAUUUGAGGCAACACUGCUCGUGUGUGAUUCAAUGUUUCUGGGUCAGGAUGCUUUUGAAAGAUUUAAAUUGUGCAAGAGGGUUGUCAAUUGCUUCCUUUCCAUGCCGUGGUGUGUCUCCCCCACCCCUUGUGUGCAGAGACUGGUCACAAGGCUGCCGAUGGAACCCUGAUUGCUGAUGACACAGUCGGCAGGGGCGAGGGUGGCGGCAGGGAAGAGCUGGGCUGGAAUCUUGGCAGCGCCACGGGCUGAGUUGCUCAUAAGGUGUGGAUUUGGAACAGGAAUGUGGGACGUGACGGCUGGGAGCACACCACUGCGCUCGUCCUGCAGGGGAAGGAUGGAGAAGCUCACAAGCGGGGCACUUUCGUGGUCCGCUUCCUUCUCCGCUCCCCCCAGGCCAAAAAUUUCGGAAGCCGAUAGGAUUUAAAACAACAAUUUAUGAAGAAGGCGGGGGGCGGCGUUCCUUCUUUUUUCUUCUGCUCCUUCAUCAAAGAGGCCUGGGACACAAUGGGGCAGCCUUUGAUCUCCUGGACAAAGACCCCUCUAGACCAGACCAGGUCAGUGGGAGUUGUCCCGGAUCAUUGUUGGAAAGGAUGGGGAUAAUAAAUAUUGACAAAAUGCAUUUGUUAUCAUGAUACGCUUUGCUGCUCUCCAGGAUUCCUCUGGGCUCCAGAGAUCCUGCACCAGUUUAAAAACAAUUGCUCAGGGAGGCGUGGGGCCUUUUCUGGGUUUUUUCCAUCCGAAAAGGAGCAUCUUUUGGUUCAUGGAAAUUUUCUGCUGGUGGUUCUGAGUUUGCACAGUAGGCGAAGAGGCGAGCCGCUACUUGCAAGUCUGUUCUAGGCAGAAGAGUAAAAAAAGGGAGGGGGGAGUAAAUAUAAAGAAAAUUUCAUUAGGGUGGGGUAGGAAACCCCAGACAGCAAGCACUCAAGAUAGGGGUGGUGGAGGAGCUCAGAGGAGUCCCUUAGACAAGGCAGUAGGCCUGUUUCUCCCUCUCCACCACAAAACACAUCCUAAGUCUGAAAUCCUGGAGCCUCUGACUAGCGAGUAAGCCCCACUGGAUACAAUGAGCUUACUUCUGCAUAGACACAAGACUGUGAGCAAUGAUUGUCCUACAAUUCAGUGGGUCUACGUACUAAGCAUUUGCACCAAAGGGACGUAUCCUGUACUGAUGUCAUUGCUAUAGUGAUGAUCAGGUAUAGCAAACGACAAAUAUCCUUGAAGUACACUUCUUCUUUUAAAAAGCAAAUUAAUAUUUAACGAUCCAAGAAGCCCAGCUGAACAUCUUGUCUCCCUUGGUGUUGAAAUCCAAAAUGGCAGUCCUGAUUGAGAUCGGGGUUGCCCAUUUCUGGUUUGGCUGCAGUUGCUCUAACCCUUUAACACCAACUUGAUCUGGAUUAGGAAAGUGGGUUUUUUUACAGUGAAUGGGUUGCUUCUCCAACGCUUGAUCUCUAGACAUUUGGCAGAUGAUGAUACUUCAUGCUAUUAAAAGGCACAAGAGCAGCUCACAGUGUCUCUUUUUCUGGUUAGUUGGCAACACCAUACCUGGGGCAAGGAAGGAAUUUUUUUGGGGGGGGCAGAUCUUGUGCUGUAGAUGAAAGGUCAAUUUUAUACUAGCUUUUCUGGACGCAAGGCAUGUUUCUAAUCUUUCUUUUCUUUUUUAAAAAUUACAUAAUUGAUGGAAAGUGAGAUCUGCAGGCAUUGUUUUCUCCCAGUUGGGGCCAUUUGGGUGAUUGAUUGAUUGAUUGAUUGAUUUAUAAUAUCCCUAAGCCACUUGUCACCAUAGACAGUUAGAGAGUUUUAUGUAAGAAUCAAUAAAACAAUCUUAUCAGCCAAAAGGAUAUAGUGUGUUUAACGAACAGCAGCCACAAACCCCACAGGUAAAAUCACAAGAUCCAUAAUGCAACUUAAUUUAAAACGAUUGCUGAAAGAGAAAGGUCUGUUUGAGGCUGCACCUCCAGCAGUGUGGAGCAGCUGAAUUUGAGCUGAGUUGGUCCCGAAACCAUUUAAGAACAGGAGAAGACCCUGCAUUAGGCCAGUGGCCCAAGCAGUCCAGCAUCUUCUUCUCACAGUGGCACAUAGCUGUCAACUUUCAGAUUUGAAAAUAAGAGAUCAGCAGCCUCACCUGUCCUGGGGACAGUCUACAGGAUAUCUAACAAUCCAGGAUAGCAGCGGGAAGCAGCAGGAAACGGCACUGGAAUAAGGGAAUGUCCCGCAAAAAAAAAGGGAAGGUUGACAGCUAUGCGGUGGCAGUCCAGGUGUCCCAAAGGGAAGUCUGCAAGGAGGACCUGAUGUAGCAGCAACUCCCCCCCCACUAGGAACUUAGCUACUUCCCUGCCUCUAAGUUGGCAGACGUCACUGCUCCAGCUCCCCAGCCUUUUGCUCUGCCUGUGCAAGUUUCCGUCUGGAAAGCAAAUGACAAAAGGUUUCUAACUUGAGCCAUGUUGUUUAAGCUCCUGAAUUUUGGGGGCGGGGAGGGUCUUUACCCUGGCAAGAGUGAGUCUUUGCAACAGGAUAGGCCUUCACCCCUCCUGGCGGGAGAAUGUGCUUGUUUCCGGUCGCUUCUGGCAUUUGGGCAUAUUCAAAGUGGAUGCAUCUUGCCAUGCUUCCCUCCCCCCUCCUGAUGAAAUGGGGAGGCCCCUUUCUCUCCCCCAUCUUCCUCCUCCCCUUCCCCCACGCCCCACUCCUCCAUUGGGGAGGGUGCUGCUGGCAUGUCCGCCUGGCGGGACGGGAGGGGGGCCUGGCAGGCAGGCAGAAGCAGCCCAGCGAAUGUGGGCGAAAGGUGAACAUGAUGCUCUGGCUUACGAGGGGGGAAGGGAGGGCCAUGCGCAGGAUCAGCCUCCUGAUUGGCUGUGGGGGGACGAGCCCCCAGCAACCUGAGAUCUGAGGUCAGAGCUCUCUCUCUCUCUUUUAGUUAGUGAGGAGUCCAGUUCGUACUGGGGGAGGUGUAUAAAUGCAUAAGCCUUGUCCAGUGUCAUGGGUAAUCUGUAAGCAGGAGCUGGGCUGAGGAACCUAACGGGUGUGUACAUGACCCUUUGCACGUCCCGGGGGGUGGGGAGGAAGGAGGGAGGUGUUGGUCUCGGAGAGCAAAAUGAGUCCCCCACUUAAUCUUCUUUCCGUAGACUCCCUCCCCCCUCCUUGCCCGAGCAAGGAAGAGGGAGGAAAUAUAUUUCCUUGGUGCUUUUAACUGUUUCCACUAGGUGAACACUUCAAGCAGAAGGUGGCAGCCCCUCCUCCCCACCCAAAAGCCGAAAUAAAAUGCAUUACAUUUCCAAGAUGGAUAUUAGAGGCAGUGGACUGUCUAAUAAGAGAGCGAGCAGCGAAGCAGAAAAACUCUGGUUCAGAUCUUCCUUUCUACUGUGAACUCGUAAUGCGUCCUUCCAAAGCUCUUACUUUUCAAUCUCCCACAAGCCCUAGUUUGUAUUGGUAAGCCUAGUCUGACUUCCAGGGGGGUGUUGUAAGGAUUCCUGAGAUGAUACUGACUCCCACUGUGUGCUUGGGAGGUAGAAAUGGAGUCUAAAUACUCUGCAUCGCCCCCAGUAUUCUGGGACAAUCUAUUCUUCAGAUUUCGUAUUUUUUUUUGAAUUUUGCAGUGCUGUCCUCCUUUGAGGAAAGUGCUGCAUAUCUCAAGAGAAACCGUGUUUAGAAAUGUGUUGCCUUUUGGGGGGAAACAUUCACAUGGAUACUAAUCUAUGUGCAGAUUUCUCAAAAUUUUAAAAAAUGUGGAUUGUGGUGGCGACAGGACAGAACAGGAUAUUGAAUGAGUGCAUGCAAAAUGGACAUAAGAUGGAGCCAGCCCGAUUUAUCUCGCUCUACUUACAAAAUUAUGCCUGGUGAGGAGAAGCUGGAGGAAGAGGGGUUUUCUCCCCACCAUACUAGCCUUCCCAGCCAUGCGAUGUAAUCAGUGGGGACACUUUAUGGUCUCUUUGGAGCUGUGCUGUAUCUUUCUGAGCCAGUGUGGUGUAGUGGUUAAGAGCGGUAGUCUCGUAAUCUGGGGAACCGGGUUCGCGUCUCCGCUCCUCCACAUGCAGCUGCUGGGUGACCUUGGGCCAGUCACAUUUCUUUGAAGUCUCUCAGCCCCACUCACCUCACAGAGUGUUUGUUGUGGGGGAGGAAGGGAAAGGAGAAUGUUAGCCACUUUGAGACUCCUUAAAGGGAGUGAAAGGCGGGAUAUCAAAUCCAAACUCUUCUUCUUUCUACUUUUGUCCCUCCAAGGCUUUGGCCCUUUGCGGUUCAAACCUUUGUUUCUUGGUUUCUUUUCUUUUUGUUAAGUUUGCACUUUUCUCCUUUUUUUUUUUUUUUGGUAGCGGUAGCAAAUAAAUUUAAUUUUAUUUUUUUAUGGGACCAGACCAAGGAAAACACUUCUGGAUACGGUGCUAAGUGAAUGGGAUGGAACGGGCUGCCCUGAGUGACAUGGAAGCUGGCUUUCAAAAAGGGGGUUGGACAGAUUCGUGGAAGGAUGCUAAAACACGUUGGGAAGCCGUUCAUAAAUGAGAUGAAAUAAAUCGGGGUGGAAGAGGAGGAGAGGUCUGCCUCUGGGGCUUAUUGGUCAUGAUGGAUAUGUAGAACAGAAGAAGAGCUUGCUGGAUCAGGCCAGUGGCCCACCCAGUCCAACAUAUCCUGUUCUCACAGUGGCGGACGAGACGCACCCCCCUCAAUGGGAAACUGGGAAGCAGGACUGAGCACCCAAGCACACCACACUUGCUGUGCUUUCCAGGAACUGGUAUUCGGAAGCCUUGCUUGUACAGUGGUACCUCAGGUUAAGUACUUAAUUCGUUCCGGAGGUCCGUACUUAACCUGAAACUGUUCUUAACCUGAAGCACCACUUUAGCUAAUGGGGCCUCCCACUGCCUCUGCGUCGCAGCAGCAAAAUUUCUGUUCUCAUCCUGAAGCAAAGUUCUUAACCUGAAGCACUAUUUCUGGGUUAGCGGAGUCUGUAAUCUGAAGCGUAUGUAACCCGAGGUACAACUGUAGAGGCAGAGCAUCCCUAUGACUAGCCUUGAAUUCUCCCAGUCCUCUUUUGAAGCCAUUCAAAUUGGUGGCCCUCGGGGGGGGGGGUGAGUUCCAUAGUUGGACUAUGUGCUGCUUUCUCCAUGUGGCCUAAUCCUUUGUCAUAAGCUUUGUCAGGAGGGGCUGGCCGGGCCUUAUUAUGUCUUUUGCAAAAGCUCCGGCAUGUGAUUGUGGUAAAUAGCCGUUACACAACCAGAAGCAGACGGGUUGUUGGCCUGCCCGGUCCCACGCUACACCUCGGUGGGGAUUUAUAGCGGCCGGCGGCUUUUGUUGCUCCGCAAACUAAUCUCAAAGCCGUAAGCCCGCCACAAUGUUGGCCGCCGUGCUGUUUCCUCCGGAUAAGUUGCAGGGGAUUGUUCACCUUGUCGUUUGUUCGGAUCCCCCUCUGAAUGACUCAGGGUUGGUGAGAUCAUCUACGUCCACCUUUUGGCUCAGAGCCGGGAUGCUGUAUUUGGGAGGCGGGCAACUGAUGUCCCCUCUAGAUGCUGUGGGUCUCCUAACAGCUCCAGCUAUAGCCUGGCCAGCGGUCAAGGAUGUUGCGAGUUGUAGUCCAGACACAUCUGGGUGGCCACAUGUUCUGCAUCCCUAUCUCGUAGCUCAAAUACAGUGGUACCUCAGGUUACAUAGGCUUCAGGUUACAUAGGCUUCAGGUUACAGACUCCGCUAACCCAGAAAUAUUACCUUGGGUUAAGAACUUUGCUUCAGGAUGAGAACAGAAAUCGUGCUCUGAUGGUGCGGCGGCAGCAGGAGGCCCCAUUAGCUAAAGUGGUGCUUCAGGUUAAGAACAGUUUCAGGUUAAGAACAGACCUCUGGAACGAAUUAAGUACUUAACCUGAGGUACCACUGUAUCCCCAUUCAUACUUCCUACAGUAAAACCUACCAGCCGCUUCUUCAUUUAGUGGGCCUGAUCCAGCAAGGCUCCACUUACAUUCUUAUGUUUGAUUGUUCUGUUUCUCUGCCACAUGUUCCAUCGUAUGCAGCAUAGAGUUCCCAAAAUACAGGUCACUGAUCUCUAAUGUGGAGCCUUUUUUUUUUUUUUUUUUUGCUGUUAAGAGUUCCAUAAAAUUCAAUACCUUGCUGGGGUAUUUGGGGGCUUUUGUCCCUCAUUCUUAUAUACUAAAUAAAGUGAAAUUAGGCUGGAUAAAAGGUACCUCUUAGUAAGCAAACUUUUUGCAUAGGGAAGCUUUUUAAUGUAAUGUUUUAUUGUGUUUUUAUAUAUGCUGAAAGCCUCCCAGAUAAUAAAAUAAUAAAAUAAUAAAAAUAAUAAAAUAAUAAAUAAUAAAAUUAUUAUUAUUAUUAUUAUUAGUAGUAGUAGUAGUAGUAGUAGUAUUUCCAUUGGCUUUUCUGACAUGGUCAGAAACCUAGACUUUGUCAUUACAAAUUUCCACUGUGGCUUUACCCAUGUAUGUGUGACAUUCCAUCUUGCUGUCAUUAGCAAGUAGCCAAUUAGUUCUCUGCUUUCAUGAUCCAAACUUUGACUGUCCCAAGUGUCUUUAAAUAGUGAUGGUAGGAAUUUGUAGCACACCUUGGUGGGUGUUUCUUAAAGCACCUGAGCUCCUUUGCAAAUAGAAAAUGUCACACAAGUGAUCAUUUUUCUAAACCAGCUGGUGCACUUUAGUUUUGUCCGUUGAGAAUACUUAGUCAUAGGAAGUGAGUCGGGCGAUGGUGGUGUCUGAAGGGUGGAUGAUGAAACAUGACCUAGGGUGCUCAUCAGUCAGGGAGCAGGGGAUGGGGGGGGGGAAGGAAUGCACAAAGGUUGGGUUGUGAGGUUUCACUUUGUUUUUGAUCUGUGAACCAGUUCCCCACAUGCACAUCUGUGCAAAAUCUUGAAAUAGGACCUAUCAGCCAGAUUUUUAUUUUUUUUAAGCUAAGAAAAGCAACAUUUUCCUUCAACCUAGCAUGCAUGUUUAAAUUGCCUGUCUUGCACAUCCUCAGAUGGCUUACUUCUGAAAAUUCAGGUGUGUGGCUCCUCUUCAGACCCAGUUGCUGAGAACAGGGACUCAUUCAGAGCUGCCAUGGGCAGCCUCCCCUGGGUUUAUUUCUAGGAUGCUUCUGUAUUUGGAGUGAGUGGUUGAUUGAUCUGUUGCGGAACUUGAGGGUAGGGACGAAGUCUGUUGCUGCCCAGUUGCAACAUCUUUCUCGCUCCUCUUCCGUUCCUCCAGCAAAGGCUUAUUGGAAGGAAACAACACCAGAGCAGGGAAUCAGGGCAGAGAUCCAACAGGCACCCUCAUCUGAAGCUCACUGGCAGGACAGACCCUGCUGCCUACCUAUCUGUCUGUCUAUCUAUCUAUCUAUCUAUCUAUCUAUUUCACUUUUGUGAACCACCCUUCAUUCAAAUACAGUGGUACCUCGGGUUAAGUACUUAAUUCGUUCCGGAGGUCCGUACUUAACCUGAAACUGUUCUUAACCUGAAGCACCACUUUAGCUAAAGGGGCCUCCUGCUGCUGCCGUGCCGCCGGAGCACAAUUUCUGUUCUCAUCCUGAAGCAAAGUUCUUAACUUGAAGCACUAUUUCUGGGUUAGCGGAGUCUAUAACCUGAAGCCAAGAUACCACUGUAGAUCCCAGGAUAUCCAACAAAAGAACAGAAUGUAAUUUAAAAUAAAAAAAUAAAAGCACAUCUAAAAUACUGUAACAACCACAAUAAUAGCAAAAUACAAAACAAGCAGAUCCAGAGGCAGCCAGAAUCCUGUCCCAAUUUCAGGGCCUGAAUCUCACCAGACGCUGCUCUGAGUAGACCCAUUGCAAUCAAAGAACAUGGCUAACCUAAGUUCGUCGAGUUGAAAGAUGGAUCUUGCAUUCCAGGCGAGCAAUUGAGGGGAGCGAUUUGAUUAUUUAGUUCGCAAAAUUAAUUUCGCUUCAUACAAUCUAUGCACCGCUUGAUUGUAUAAAAAACAAACUGACCUCCCAAGUGUUUUACAAAAAAACAAACCAACCCUCCACACAAUAAAAUCAUCACAAAAAAGUCACCAACAUUAAUUUAAGACCCUCUCAUUGGUCAUACAUGCUGUAGUUGGACUAGAUGACGCUCAAGGUCCCUUCAAACUCUACCAUUCUAUGAGUCUUGAUGCUCAUUUCUCUGACUUAACUUUAAAGUAGUUAGAGCAACGUCCCUGCCUGUCCCUCUCUGUAUGUUGCAACGCAAAUGCACACAGGUUGUGUCAUCAAAGAAAUUGACCUCCCUGUGGACUUCCUGGAGUUUGUUCAGGCAGGAAUCAAAAAGUGUUUGAACGGUCAGUGAUGAGUUUGUGUGCAGGCAGCGGGGGGGGGGGCGCUCUCCUACUAGAUUAAUGCAAGUGGCAGUAGGCAUGCGUUGUUGUUUUUUGCUUUUAAUGACAAAUACCAGUCGUGGGUUUGGAGAGAGAACCAGGAUCAAGGCUGGAGCAGGUAUGGAAAGGGGGAACCUCCCUUUUUUGCUCCCUCUCCAGUUCCCGGCAGACAUCACGAUUUACGCAGUUGCUGUUUGCACUGAGAAGGAAACUUUCCAGUGCAAAUAGGAGGCAGCUGCAAUAUCCUGAUCCGCCCCUCGACUCGUGUUUAACUUUGACAAGCAGUUUGGCCUUAAAAUGGCAUCAGAACCAGAUUGGUUGAUGAUUUAUUUGGGGUCCCUUCUCCCCCACCCCCAAAAUGGGUUUCAAACUGCUCUGAUUCUUCUGUUUUAUUGUGGCUAGGCAGGCUGGGCACAAUUUCCGCAGAUAUCCUCACGGAGCCUCGAAAUGGUGAUUUCCUGCUUAGGCUUCGCAUCUGGCGAGAGAAGAACUCAAAAAUAUUGCAUUUUACUUUUUCUGGUUCUGCUUUUUCUGCUGUGAUUCCUGCAUUGCAGGGCCUUAGACUAGAGGACUCAGUUGGUUCCCUUCUAACUCUACAAUUCUGUGGUUCCCCAUCAAGCCCUGCCCAAAAAACCACUUCAGCUUUGGAGCAGCCUGAGAAAGGUAAAGGCAAAGGGACCCCUGACCAUUAGGUCCAGUCGUGACCGACUCUGGGGUUGCAGCGCUCAUCUCGCUUUAUUGGCCAAGGGAGCUGGCGUACAGCUUCCGGGUCAUGUGGCCGGCAUGACUAAGCCGCGUCUGGCGAACCAGAGCAGCACACGGAAACGCCGUUUACCUUCCCGCUGGAGCGGUACCUAUUUAUCUACUUGCACUUUGACAUGCUUUCGAACUGCUAGGUUGGCAGGAGCAGGGACCGAGCAACGGGAGCUCACCCCGUCACAGGGAUUCGAACUGCCGACCUUCUGAUCAGCAAGUCCUAGGCUCUGUGGUUUAACCAACAGCGCCACCCGCGUCCCACUUCAGCUUUGGAGCAGCCUGAGAACCACCCCCCAAAACAAGGACAGAGCUAGCUGGUGAAUCCCACCUUCCAACAAAUUUCACCUUGGCUAAAUAAAUUGUGGGGUUUUUUAUAAUUAGGAGGGGAAGAGUGAAGAGUUCCCUCGCACCACCAGUUUCAAACAUAACUGUAUUCCUUGUUCUGGUAUCUCCAUUUUGCCUCCCCACUGCAUCAGCUGUAGGUUUUCCUCUGUCUAAAAUCAAGGCUGCAGUCCUAGGCACACACUUUACCUGUGAGUAAGCCCCACUCAACACAGGGGGAAUUGUUUCUGAUCAAACAGGCAUAGGGUUGUGUCGGAUGAGACGUUUAUUUCUGCUGGAUUGGUUGGUGGUGGUGGGGGGGUGUGAGCACAGGCUUCCCAAUCCCAACCCCUUUGAUGCAGAAGGAGUUUACUCCCAAGUAAGAGUACGUCAGAUUUCAGGCUCGGCUGCUGAGCUGUAAUAACUUGUUGUGCUAACACGGGUUGGGUUUGUUUGUAUGACGCAUGUCUCUUUUGCAGUUAAAAGUGUUCUGUUUAACCAGAAUGAAUUUUUUUGUUUCAUAAAAGUAGACUCUGGAAAGUAAGAACAACGGGUUAGGAGUCGCUGCCAUCACUGUGAACCAGGGUGUUAGACAAGAUGACCCUUGGGUCCCUUCCAACACUAUGAUUCUGUGUCAUUUCUGCUCCCCCACUGACCCAUUCAGUUGCUCAGCAGGGGCAACCACAGAUCACAAACACACAAAUACAUUUUACUUGCUUUGCGGAGAAGGGAAUGGUACCUGCAUCCUGUAGAGUCCCUGUUUUUGCUUUUGCAGGGGGUUAUUGUGGGGCUCGAGGAUGGGAUUUGUCCCUGGGCAGGGCAAGUUCCAAGUGCAGCCUGCCAAAAACGGAGCUGCCCCUUUCUUCUGGUCAAGAAGUGCAAGAGGAUGGGUUGAAUAGCAGGGAACCAAAGGAUUGGUCUCUGCAGAAGUGAGGCUACUGUGGGGUUUUUUUUAAGAAGAAGAAAAGGAGGGGGCAACAACUUUUCAAAAUUCUUUAACCUCAAGGAGCAAGUCCUCAUUGUCUCCACAUACUGUUUCUGCAGAGCACCCAAAUACUGCUGGGGAAGCGGCAGUCGGGCAUUGUGGCUUUUGAAGUGCUUUGUGUGCAUUUCUCUUAAACCAGGUGUGGGGAACCUGCAGGCCCUCCAGGUGUUGCCUGAUUACAGCUCCCAUCAGCCCCAGCAAGCAUGGCAGUCACCUGGCAAGAUGGGAGUUGCGGUUCAGCGUCAUCUGGAGGGUUCCCCACACCUUUCUUAAAAGUCAGAAUUAUGAGCCCUCAUAGUGAAGUCGGGAGGGACUAAAGCAUGAGCUCCUGGCAGAGGCUAGAUUCGAACCAGGGGUCCCGUCUUGAUUUCUCGAGCCAAUGUGGUAUAGUUGUUACGAGUGUCGGACCAGGACCCUGGGAGACCAGAGUUCAAAUCUCCACUCUGCCAUGAAGCUCCCUAGGUGACCUUGGGCCAGUCACCCACUUUCCACUUAACCUACCUCACAAGGUUGUUGUUAGGGAUAAAAUUGAGGGUGGAGGGGAAAAUCAUGUACACUGGUACCUCAGGUUACAUACGCUUCAGGUUACAGACUCUGCUAACUCAGAAAUAUUACUUCAGGUUAAGAACUUUGCUUCAGGAUGAGAACAGAAAUCGUGCUCCGGCAGCGCGGCGGCAGCAGGAGGCCCCAUUAGCUAAAGUGGUGCUUCAGGUUAAGAACAGUUUCAGGUUAAGAACAGACCUCCGGAACGAAUUAAGUACUUAACCCGAGGUACCACUGUACUGUAUACCUCCUUGAGCUCCGUGGAAGAAAGGGGAAACGGAAACACAGCAACAUGCUUCUAUAUACCUCUCUCUCCUUUAGUUACUAGGCUAUGCCAAGUUAUCUUAUUUUGGCAGACACCUCCUGAGUGGUGUGCAGCUUGGUUGUGUUUAGGGUUUUUUAAAAAUAAUAAUAAUAAAUUCCUGCCCUUUCCCUUUUUUUCUUUCAAGUUUGAAUGGAAGCAUGUUGGACAAUGUCUGUGGUUCUCUUGUGCUGGAUUUUCUAUGAACUUCUGCCAGGGCCUGACAGCUGUGUGGGCGCCUUUGAGAUUAGGGGAGGCCAGUUAGCAGGAGGCUUUUCCUACCUGCUUUGAUGGAAGGCUGGUCCAGGAAAUGGGAACAUCAGCUAAGUCCCCCGCUCCUUCUGACAACCUCCUUCGCUGCGGGGCUCGUCCCUUGGGGUUUUGCUGAGCCUUCGGGUUUGGGUUAAUUUGCGGACAUGGGCUUGCGUCCAAAGCUGUUCUUAAGUUUCCCGUUUCGGAUUUGCCCUUGCGCAAUGGAACAUUCUUCCCCCCCAACACACACCACGCUAAAUUUGUUAUGGAUCCCCCCUCCCAAGCCUCCAAAGCUGGUUUGAGAAAAGUGUGUGGAGGGAGGAGAAAUGGGGAACGAAGGCUUUGGAAGAUGGAGCAAACGUGUUCUGCUGCUGUCAAGGAUUCUUUCGCUGCGAUUCCUGCAUUGCAGGGGGCUGGACUGGAUGACCCUUGGGGUCCCUUCCAACUCUACAAUCCUAUGAUCUUGCCCAGAGCCUCACGGACUGUUACAGAUGCUCAGUUUUUUUCCGCAGCAGCCAGAGGUUUUCCAGACUGUUCUGGGAUUCCUUGGAAGCUUAUUAGUGACUCCUCCUCAUUCUUUUCUUCUUUCUAUUUUUUCAAAGCUUUUCUUUAUAACUUUCCCAAUAUUAUUCAUUAUUCUUAUUCAUUUCGUUUCCACGCCGCUUUAUGUUUUAAAGAAAGAAUAUCAAACGGAGUUUGCAACACGUCAAAACAACAGAUAAACCCAGAAUAAAACAGCGAAUGUAACAAGGGCAGCUGUGGCAGAAAAGGCUGGGAGAUUGCUGUGCUGGGUCUCCCCUUGUUUUGCUAGGUGGACUCUGUUCACGAGGGGCAUCCCUCAAGCCCCAGAGAUGUGGCCACCCAACCCACCAUAGCUGUCAACUUUCAGAUUUGAAAAUAAGGGAUCAGCAGCCUCACCUGUCCCGGGGACAGUCUACGGGAUAUCUAAUAAUCCGCGAUAGCAGCGGGAAGCAGCGGGAACCGGUGCUGGAAUAAGGGAAUUUCCCACAAAAAAAGGGAAGGUUGACAGCUAUGCAACCCACACUAACAGGAGCUGGGUGCCAGCCCAGCAGACUGCAGCUGCUUGGUUCCAGGUGUGGCCAGCCAGUUUCUGCUCCGGCAUUUUUAUCACUUCCAAGGGCAUAAAACACGUGAUGUAGCACAGAGUACCUUGUGAUGCUCAGUUGUUGCUGAACCACGUCUGCCUUCAUCCCUAAGCAUUGGCCGUGCUAGGACAGGAGCUGAUGGGAAUUGUAGUCAAAGAACCUUUUGCCCAUCCCCGGUUCGUAGAACUUUGCAGUUAGCAUGUAGGUGAACACUCUUUUGUCUUUGCAAAAUAAAUUUUCAAAAAAUCAAGCAAUAACGAACAUAUCUGGGGAUGCUGUGGUGAGCCUUUAAGGUAAGCCUGCAAAAUUCGAAAAUCUGGAACCUUGGGAAGGGCCGUAGCUCAGCAAACAGAGCAGCUGCUUUUCAUGCAGGUUCAAUCUCCAAUGACAUCUCUAGUUAGAGCUGGGGCAGGUUCCUGUCUUGAGACCCUGGGGAGCUACUGCCAGUCAGUGCAGGCAGUAUUGAGAUACAUUCCAGGAAAAUAAUGAAGAAGAAAAGGUGUGAAUUAAACCUUAACGUAUGUAUUCCUCAGAAGCACAUGGCAACUUUCAUCAUGUGGUAACAGGGUAGUAACAAAAUUGGACCGUUUGUUUUGGGGAGAUUGUAAAUGGGCAUUUGAACGUUGCUCUCCCAUAUUGGAAUCUCUGCUCCACUCUCCUGCCAUGCAGAAUGGUAACGUUGGGAAGCUGCUGUUAUUUUGGCCAGGAAAUGCAGACCUUGGUGUUACCAUGUAGAAAAUGAGGAAAUCUGCUUCCAGAGUGUUUGGCCGUAAUGAGGGCUACAAACUUUUCAACACACAUUUAUUCUUAAAACAAGCUUUUGUUCCAUAUUGCAGUAUUUGACCUUGUAAGGUUAGGGGCUGGUAACCUUUCUAUAAAGAUCUGUAAGGCUGAUCUAAUGCAUUAGACUAUCAGAGGAGGACAGCUGAGGGGGGGGGGGGGAGAGAGAGAGAGAGAGAGCCUGGUUCAAACACCCCCACCCUGGCCAGAAAGAUCCUGCUGCAACUGUCUAAUCCAGAGGUUUUCAACCUUUUUGAGUCCAUGGGUCGCUUGACCAACUCCAUUCUUUCUGUGGCAUCCCUGUGGGGCUCAGGAGCCCUGUUAUGUCGCCCCUUGCCUGCAGAGCUGGCAGCCUCUCACCCCUUUUCAAACACCCUCCCUUGUGGAGUGUUCCCUCUGCCUCCUCUCCUAUCCCAUUUCCUCGGGAGUCCUCUGGGCAUCCGCUGCUGCCGCCCCUGGUCUCUGAGCUGCCCCCCCCUGCCCCAAAGAGAGAUGCCUCCCAGAGGCACCAUCACCAGCGGUUCUUGUAGCCGGGGCUGCUGCAAUAAACAGCUGUGCGAGCCUUUGGGAGGCAGAGACAAGAGAGGGCAUCAGAGGAGGGAGGGAGGGAAAGAGGGACAGAGGCCAGUGUUGCCCAUGGCACCCCUGACCAUCAUUUAAGGCAUCCCAGUUAGCCAUGGCACACUGGUUGAAAACCACUGGUCUAAUCACACAUCCUCUCUCAUUGCCACCCAUCUUACAAGGUUGUUGUGAGGAUGAUUUUGGGAGUGGGCCACAUUCACACCUUAGAGUUAAAUCACUAUGCUCCCACUUUAAAGAAGUGUGGCUUUCCCCAAAGAAUUCUGGGAGUUGUAGUUUGCUAAGGGUGCUGAAAGUUGUGAGUUCCCUGUGAAGAAGGAUGGAUUAUUAACCCACUUUGAGGGGAAUAGGGGUGGGGUCCUCCUAAUGACUCUCUCAGCACCCUUAACAAACUAUAGCUUCCCGGAUUAUUUUUUAGGGGGAGAACCAUGGCUAUUUAAAGUGGUAUUGCCGUGCUUUGAGUGUAUGGAGUGAAUGUGGCAUUCGUGUCUGUUUGUGUGCGAGAGAGAGAGAGAGAGAGAGAACAUUACCUCACGGCAAUAAAGCUUAAGGGUAUAGCCAGAUUGUCCUAAAAGCAGGUUCACAUGGCUCCUCAAAUUCCUCCCACCCCAAAUUGAGAGAGAGACCAUCUGGGAUUAGCCAAGGCCGGAUCCCGGAUCCCACUCUCCCAAAACAAAGAGCCACUGUGAUGUGGGUGGGAACAGAAAAGGGGCUUUGGGUAUCCAAAGCAGCUUAGUUCAGCCUGCGAAAAUCAGGGCCCCUGUUUUGCUUUCCCGUUGCGGCUGAGGGAGAACCCCUUCUCCACCCCCACCCCCCGAUCAGGCUGGUGUCCAAACUUGGUGGCCCCUGUUAACCUCCAGCUUGAAACAAGCCCCUAAUUGUUGCUUUCGGCUUAGCCAGAAAGGAGGUGGGGAAGGGGCUUUGCCAAAGAGCUGCUGGAGAGAUUCCAUGCCCGGUUUUGCCCUCUUUCAUUAGGGAGGAAUAACAAUAGCGGCCUGUUUUCUUCCUAUCCCAUCUCAGAGCUGAUAUCCUGAGAGGACCGUUUUUCUUCAUCAUCACCAUCACCAUUAUUAUUAAUUUAAAAUCGUAUCUUUGCUUUCCAUCUUAUGGAACACAUGAGCCCAGGGAAAAAUGAGAGAGAAUAUGAUAGCCACCAACAAAUACGUGAAGUGCUGUCCCAUGGAAGAUGGAGCUAGCUUAUUUCCUGCUGCUCCAGAGGGGAGGACUCAAACCAAUGGAUUCAAAUGACAAGGAAGCAGAUUGUAACAAAACCUUAGGUAGGAAGAACUUUCUGAGGGUAAGGGCCGUUUAACAGUGAAGCAGACUCCCUGCCCACAGCUUGCAGAAUGAUGCAAACGUUUGACUUCACAGGUGUGGUUUAAGGGAACCCUUGUUCAAGGGGCUGUCUGAAGGUACCCAGGGAGCAAGUGUCGGAAGUUGUCGCUUUGCCCGCUGAUUAAAAAUCUGCCUUGUUUUCUCUCUUCUCUCUCCUCUCCCCGCCCCAAGCAGAUGACGGCUCGGUUGAUGCUGGCUGUUGGAGGAGCAGUCCUAGGAUCGCUGCAGUUUGGCUACAACACUGGAGUCAUCAACGCCCCACAGAAGGUGAGAGCUGAAAGGGACAAAUGAAUGAAUGGCUUGCAGUUUCUCUGAUGGGCAAACCAUCUGGUGGGCAAACCCACGUGGCCUCUGUGCUGGUCUUGUAGGAGGCAACUUGUUCAUGGUAGGGAAAGAUAUGCUAGCAGGGUGGGGAGGACAUCUGAUACAUGUUCAGUUGACCCCCUUGGGAGAAUGCAUCUGCUCUUUCAGGGGUUCAGAGUAUACAGCUAUGUAGUGCUCCAGGCCUAAACAAUUUCCCCAAUGGUGUAAGAAGGGGAAGGGCUGUAGACCAGUGGUAUAGCUUCUGCCCUGCAUACAGAAGUUCUCAGAUUCAAUCCUCAACAGCAUCUUCAGGUAGCGCUGGGAAUGUUCCCUCUCUGAAACCCUGGAUUGCCAUUGGCAGUCAGUGCCAACAGCACUGAGCUACGUGGACAAAUGGCCUGAUUCAGUAUAAAGCAGCUUCUUAUUUUUCUGGACCAGGCCGAAGGUCUGUUUAGUUCAGCAUCCUUGCUUUCCAUAGUGGCCUCUGGGAAAGGCCCUCAACAGCCUUUCCCUGGUGUUGCACCCCAGCAACCGCAGGUAUAAUUUCUCUGUCUAUGGAGGUUAUAUCUGGACUUAAUAGCCCUUGUAAAUGUGUGGGCUGCAUGUAGCCUGGUUUGACUGGUUGUGCAGAGGUGCUUUGUGGAUACAUUAUCCGCACAGUGCCGGUGUCUUCCUGCCCUUCUGUGUGGGUCCAGCACAUGCUGUAUAUACCCAAGGCUUGUCCAUACCUGCUUGCACGGUUGCCUGUGGUGAGUCAGGGCUGUGUCCAAGCAACCAAGCAUUAAAAAAGUUGUUUUUUCCCAGCUUGUGCGUGAACAGGCUAUGAAUUAGUUUCAUAGAGUUUCCAUUUGCAAAGUGGGAUGUAUGAGACCCCUUUUAAUUAAUAAUAAUAAUUUUUAAAGGGGUGCUCAUAAGCCCCCGCUUUGCAAAACUGCAAAAAUAAUAUUAACUUAGUUGCUUUUCCUUGCACAAGGCAACAGCAAAACACCCCACAGAGACAUUAAAACCAAUAGGAAAAAUACAUUAAAAACAUCCCACCCAUUCUAAAAGGCCACAGAUAGAGGCCAAAGGGCUGGUUAUAAAGGAAAAUUGCCUUUUGAAAUGCAGGAAAUGCUGUGCAAGGUGGGAAAUUCAGGCUCCCUCCCUCUGCUCCCCCCUUGCCCACCCCCCAAAAAUAGCACAUCCGGUUAGCCAGCUUACUGCCAACUCUAAUGGGAUUUGUUAAGCUGGUUCCCAGGAGAAUUAACAGUCCCUCUUGUGCUGAGUGUUUUGUUUAAAAGGACUCGGGCAGCAGGAGGGGGUGUGUGGCUGCGUCAUUCUCAACCCUUCUCGGCUAAUACUCACCCAAUGCCCCUGAGACGGAUUCCAGAGUGGGAUUUAAGCAUGCCCAGGAUGAUUUUCAGACCGUGGUCUGGAUCAGCUCCAUCUCAAGAUAACAUGGAGCUGGGAAAGCUUUGGAGAAGGCAACGAAAACGACUGGGGAGUUGGAGCCCUCCUUGCGAGAAAGGGCUGUCAGUUUGAUUAGCCAGGGGCACAGAAAACGAUGCAUGGUGUUGCAUAUACAUGAUGCAUAUGUUCCAAUAAUAGGAACAUAAGAAGCGGCUUCAUAUACUGAGUCAGACACUACUGGUCCAUCUAGCUUGGUAUUGUCUGCACUGACUGGCAGCAAUUUUCCAGGAUUUCCGGUUGGGGGGCAUCCCCAGCCCCACUUGGACUGAACCAGAGAGCUUUACAUGCAAAGCAGAUGGUCCGCAGCUGGGAUAGAACUUGCAGCCUUUGAGUGUAUGGAGCCCACAGCCACAAGAGUAGUAGUGUGGCAUGGCUAGCAGCCUGGGUGGCUAAAGAGAACUUCCUUGGCCAGAGACAGUAUACCUCUGAUUUCCAGGUGCUUGGGGGACCAGCAACAGGAAGGGGUUUUUUCCUUUGUGCUCUGUCUCUGGGCUUCCUGGGCUGUUCCUCACAGGAUGCAGGUUGCAGGAUUUAGAUGCACCACAGUUUGAUGUGAUGGAGGGGGCUGCUCCUUCGGCAAACUAAGAAAACUGACCUUCCUCACCCUGAUUAUUCCAGAAUAAUAGAAUCCAAGGCCAAAAGCUCCCCACCCCAAGUCAUAAUUGUUGUACUAAGCACAUAGCCAAGAGCUGCUGAGGUUAGACACAUGUUUAUUUGAAUUGCCAGCCAAUGAUAGUUGCGAACCGCUGGCAUAAAUGAUAUUCCCUUGCUUAUUGUUCUGAGAUUCCUUUAAUACCCUUCCUGCUGCCUCUUUUAGAUGUGCUUUAAUCUGUGCACUUGCUACUUAAGAUAUUAAACCAAACUGAAUUGAAGAGAGAUUGCCCCGUCGCUAAUUAAGUAAUCACUUCUUUCAUUGCAACAACUGAGGAACAGCUUUCUGAGUUAACAGCUUGGGGCCAGUUUACCUGCGGGAUCGUAUUACGCCACAUAUGCCCACUUGACUGCUCCAAUCCAUGGAACUGGCACUGUUAAAGGUGCUGUAUAAUACCCAGUUCCAUCCUUGUAAGAAAUCAAUCUUCUGGGGUGCAUCACCCACACUUUGGAACUCCCUGCCAAUUGACAUCAAGCUGGUGCCUUUGCUGUACCCUUUUUCAGUGCCUCCUUAAAAGACUUCUGUGUUCAGGCAAGCCUGUCCAGAUAAUAUAGAAUGUUGUAUUUAUUUCUUUUUAGUAAUCAGUGCUUUUGAGUAUUUUUAAUACUGGCACAUUUAAUGUUUUAUAUGGUUGUCAACCACAAAGAUUCUUGCAUUGCAGGAGAUUAGAUGAUCCUUGUGGUCCUUUCCAACUCUGAUUCUAUAAGAGGUUGUUUUGUUUUGUUGGGUUUUUUGUUUACUUGAAUUUAAAUUUAAACCAUUUAAAUUUAAACAAAACUCUGUUCAUUGUAAAAUGCUGUGCUCUAGAAUCCUCCUGCAUCAGAUCAGAUGUCAGAUGCCCUCCCAUCAGAUGUCAAGGAAAUAAACAACUCUCUGACUUUUAGAAGACAUCUGAAAGUGGCCCUGUUUAGGGAAGUUUUUAAUGUUUAACGUUUUAUCGUGUUUUUCAUAUUCUGUUGGGAGCCACCCAGAGUGGCUGAGGAAACCCAGCCAGAUGGGCGAGGUAUAAAUAAUAGAUUAUUAUCAUAUUAUUAUUAUUAUCAUCAGGGCUUUUGUGACUUAAUGGUAGAGCAUCUGCUUUGCAUUCAGGCCAUCCCAGGUUCAAUCCCUAUCUUCAUCACAAGGUAGGAAAGGACCCUGUCUAAAACCCUGGACAAUUGGUGCAGACAAUGCUUAACUCGAUUGAACAGCCCUUAUUACGAUUGAGGAGGAGAGUCUCUCAAUUCUGUCUUAUCUCUUCAUCGGGCCCUUCGUAGACCCGCCCAGAGCCUUAUUUAAUGGUUCCCAGAAAAGCAGCUGUGCUAAGGCUGUUGCAGGAGAACCAGUCAAGCAUCUUUUUGGUGCCACAAGACUAAAACGGAUUACGGCGUAAGCUUUAUCCGAUGAAUAAGGGGGGGCAUUGCAUCUGAGGGAAUGGACUCAUAAAAGCAUCUGGAAUAAGACGUGUGUUUGCCGUUUAGGUGCCUCGCAUUUGAUGAAGUUUUCUUUUAAAGACGCAUCAAACAGGAUGGGAGUGGGGGGCAGAUGUUGCUAGACUCCAGCACUUGGCAUCCCUGACUUGACUACAUUGGCCCAGGGCCAAUGGGAGUUGGAGUCCAUCCCCACCUGGAGGACCACAGACUCUCCACCCCUGCAGUAUUGCUCUGUGGUGAUGGUGUGGGCUCACCUGCGGCUGUCCAGAUGGGAAUGGACUCCAACUCCCAUCAGCCCCAGCUACGGAUGAGGGGAGCUGUAGCCUAGCAGGACCUGGAGGGCUACAGGUCUCCCAUCCCUGAUUCAUGAAAACGUGAGGCAAGUUUGCUGCUUGUUAAGGUUUCAGCUUGGUUUGAGCUGAUUUAGUGCACAGUCCUGAGUGGGGAUGAGCAAAGCAGUGGUUCGCUUGCCACUUCCAAAGGCCUACUGGUGCCUUUUCCCUUCUCUUCGCAUGGAGCUUUGGUUUCUUUAAUCCCCCCUUCCCAAUUUGGUUCCCAUGGGGGAGAAAUGAGCUUAAAAGAAAACACCAUUAAAUGCAGCAGAAUUGUCCAGAAACAGUUGGGGUUUGCCGUCUCCUCGGGUGAGAGAGGAAAGAAGGAAUCCAUUGCUUAUUCCGAACAUGCAAUGUGAGCUGUUGGGUCCUGACUCGUGAGUUAUUCUUGGAAUCCUGUUUAAAUAUAUAUAUAUAUUUAAUACUGUAAACAAACAAAAGCACCUGUUGGAAAUGCAAAUGGCAAAGAGUACGUUCCCUCCAGGAUGGAGAGGCUGGCCUCCAACAACAGCAUUUGCCCUUUUUUGUGAAGAAACUAAGAAUUUAAAUGCAGUUCUGAGGGACAGAAGGGGGAUCUCUUUCCCCAUUGCUGUAUUCUCCCUGCCUUCCCCCCUCCCCUUGCCCCAGUCCAUUCCUGCAUGCCUACGGUGACUCAGCAUCCCACGGUGACUCAGCAAAGAACCAAACCUCCAGGAAGUUGCACUGUAUGGCAUAGGAUUAUUUUUUUUAUGAACUGGUGACAGAAAAGCACCUGUCCAAGACUCUUGUUUCCUUCCAGGUGAGGGUCACCUGGUUGGCUGCGUGCUCUGCCAAGCUCCUCCUUGCUGCCACCUGGUGGAGAGAGUAAUCACCACCUUAAAGCCCCAAAAUGAUAUUUUGCCCGCCAGAUGUGUUGGGACUAAAGCUCCCCCAUGCAAUUUAAGGUAGUCUUUGGGGAGAAAAAGAGCUGAUCACAACAAUUGUACAUAAAACUAUCCAGUAAAAAAACUUUAAAAACAUCAGAGACUGACUAACCGUUGCAGUUUUGAUACCAAUAAGAGCCAAAAAAUCAAGCAUCUACAAAAUUAAAUCUUGACCCCAACAAAAACUCCUGCCCUAAUAUCAGGCAUCCUGAGCAGCAGGUCUUGCAAGACUGGCAGGUAAAAUGGGCUCCGGCUGCAGAUCAUGAAGCUUCCAGGUUUGAUCACCUAUGAAUUACUGAAUGCUAGGGGAUGUUAUUAUAUUGCAAUUCACUUUGAGUUUAUAUCUCAUUUUUUAAAAAGCGACUAGUAAGUCCAACAAAUCAUAAUUUAAUCAUCAGAUGGAAGGAAGUCCUUCUUCAGACAGUGCAUAGUUAAAGUAUGGAAUUUACCUUCCACAAGAGGCAGUGAUGGCCACCAACAGGGAUGGAUUGGGAAAAUUCGUGGAGGAGAGGGCUAUUGGGGGCUCCUAGCCAUUAAUAGCCAUUAUGGAGGCUAUUAUCUGGCUGCACAAUCCGAGGAAGCAGUGCUUCCGAAUACUAAUUGCUGGAAAACACUGGAGGGGAGAGGACAUCUGUUGGCCACUGUGAGAACAGGAUGCUGGACUAGAUGGGCCACUGGCCCGAUCCAUUAGACUCUGCCUAUAUUCUUAAAAAGAAAUGGUGGGAAAGGGGUCAUCGGCUUCACGCCCUGCUUGCAGGCUUCCCUUUGAGGCAUCACUGUAGGGGAAAGGGUGCUAGACUGGAUGGGGCCCCCCUUUGGCCUGAUCCAGCCUCGUGGCUCUUACAGGAUACAAAAUGUGGUAAGCAAAUAAACCAUAAAAUUUGGUUCAGUACCUAGGCCCCUAACACUUCUUUGCCCACUAAAACCCACAAUGGAUUUACAGUGGUACCUCGGGUUACAUACGCUUCAGGUUACAGACGCUUCAGGUUACAGACUCCGCUAACCCAGAAAUAGUGCUUCAGGUUAAGAACUUUGCUUCAGGAUGAGAACAGAAAUCAUGCUCUGGCAGCGUAGCGGCAGCAGGAGGCCCCAUUAGCUAAAGUGCUGCUUCAGGUUAAGAACAGUUUCAGGUUAAGAACGGACCUCCGGAACGAAUUAAGUACUUAACCCAAGGUACCACUGUACCCUAAUAUUGGGAAGAGAUUUUGUUUCUACCAGGUGGCUUGGUGUUUCACAUUUCAACCUUUUCAUUUUUUAAAAAAAUGAUAUUUAUUAAAGUUUCAAAGAAUACAAAACCAUAAAAUAAAAGUACAAGAAAAUACAAAAUACAGAAAAAAAAAUAAAGUUUUUAAGAUAUAAGUAAAAAAAGAAAAAUAACAGGAAACAUACAAAAUAGAAACAAUUAAAAACACAUCGUUAGUUUUCCAUAACAUAUCUUCCUUUCACUUAUUUCCCCGGACCUCCUCAUACCUCCCUUUUUUGUAUUCCAGUUCCGUUUGUUAGUUCAGCAAAUCCUUACCAUUAAGCUUUUACCCAUUUAUAAAACCUUUUUUCGUAUCUCUUAAAGCAUUACAGCUGGAAACCACUUAGUUUCUAUCCAGCAUCCUUCUAAAAUAGUGCUUCAGGUUAAGAACUUUGCUUCAGGAUGAGAACAGAAAUCAUGCUCUGGCAGCGUAGCGGCAGCAGGAGGCCCCAUUAGCUAAAGUGGUGCUUCAGGUUAAGAACAGUUUCAGGUUAAGAACGGACCUCCGGAACGAAUUAAGUACUUAACCCAAGGCACCACUGUACCCUAAUAUUGGGAAGAGAUUUUGUUUCUACCAGGUGGCUUGGUGUUUCACAUUUCAACCUUUUCAGGACCUCUGAAGGGCAGCUACCAAUCUGGUAAAAGUGGCCACCUUGAGGGAUGGUUCAAUUCACGGGGUCUCUCCUUGCUCUCUUCCUCUGCAGGUGAUCGAGGAAUUCUACAACUACACGUGGUACAACCGCUAUGGGGAGUACAUCAGCCGCGGCACCCUCACCACACUCUGGUCCCUCUCCGUGUCCAUCUUCUCGGUGGGCGGGAUGAUUGGGUCGUUCUCGGUGGGGCUGUUCGUCAACCGCUUUGGACGGUGAGCGCUGAGCUUUUUUGGCUUUCCGCGGUUAAGGACCCUAGUUCGGUGCUAGAGCACCUGCUUUCUGUGCAGAAGUUCUCAGAUUCAACCCCUAAGGGCAUUUUUCCAGGUAGGGCUGUGGGAGAGUCUUGCCCAGAAUUCUGGAGAAGCCACUGCCCGUCUGUGCAGGAAAUACUGAGCUUGAGGGGCUCAGUAUUAGACAGCUCCUUAUGUUCCUGGGUUGUUUUAUUGGUGCUGUUUCAACACCCCCUCAUCCUUUUUCUGGAGCAAACACAAAUCCAGACCUCCUUCAACCAUUCCUCAUAAGGCUUGGUUUCCAGACCCCUGAUCAUCUGGGUCUCCCUCCUCUGGACAAGCUGGACACCUUCCAGCUUGUCAAUAUCCUUCUUAAAUUGUGCUGCCCAGAACUGGACACAGGGCUCCAGGUGGGGUCUGGCCACGGCAGGGUGGAUUUGAUUUAAAUCACUAGUCAGUAAGACUUGAUUUAAAUCAUUUUUUUACAGAAAGACUCAUUCUUGCUGGUAUAACCUUAAUACUGACAACCAGAUGAAGGUUUCAUUUUUGGAAUAAUAAAUUUUCAGAGUGGUUUUUACAGUUAUAUAAAAAAUUACUGAUUUGGUUAUACUAUUAGAAAUACGUAGACAGAAAUUAUUGUGAACUUUAAUAAAUUAACUUUUUGUAUUUGGACAACUUUUCUGCUGUAUUCAGUGGAAGGAGAAAAAUAAUCAUUUCCUUAAUAAAAAUUUAAACAAUUUAUUUAACUAAAACAAUAACAUUAUGGCAUAUGUGUCCAUGUUUGUUAACUGAUGUGGUUAAACAAUUAAACUAAGACUGAGUUUUAGCACACAUGACAAAUGCUUAUUUCCUGAUGAAUAGCCUUUGGACUAUAAUGUAACUUAAACAGAAAACUAUCUUUAGAAUGAUUUUUCCUCCAAAAGCAUUUUAUUUUAAAAAUUCAAUUUAAAUCAAAAAUAUCCAAUUUAAAUAAAAAAAUCUGAUUUUUUAAAAAAUAAAUAAAUUGAUUUUUAUCCACCCUGGGCCAAGGUGGAAUAGAACAGUACUGUCGCUUUCCUUGAGCUGGACACUCUACUUCUGUGGAUGCCCCCACUUAGCCCAACUUUUUUCCUCCUGCAGGCGGAAUUCUAUGCUGAUGUCUAACAGCCUUGCCUUCCUGGCUGCAGCGCUAAUGGGUUUCUCGAAGAUAGCCAGCUCCUUUGAGAUGUUGGUCCUCGGUCGCUUCAUCAUUGGGGUGUAUUCUGGCCUCACCACAGGCUUCGUGCCCAUGUACGUGGGGGAGGUGUCGCCCACGUCCCUUCGGGGGGCUCUGGGGACGCUUCACCAGCUGGGCAUCGUCGUAGGCAUCCUCAUAGCGCAGGUGAGGCGGGCUAUCGGUGGCUCCCUCUGCUGGGGGAUGGGAAACGGUGCACCUGCAAAAGGGGUCGAUGGGGGCAAAUGGUUUUUCCGGGAUGAUGGGAAACUGGUUCUUUUUGAGGGUGAUAAUUACCCUGUGCAAAAAGUCAUUGUCUCCUGGGCUCCCCUUAAAUGCAUGCAUACCUGCCCACUUGACUGAAUGAGGUGAAGCCAGUGUUUGAAACUCCCAUUGUUCUAGGCGCAUUUUGUGACGGAAUUUCAUUAGCACAAGCAGUUUCCGAGCUCUGGGUUCAGUACUGCGCCUAAGAUUUCAGAUUAAAACUGCAGAGGGGAAGGAAAGGAGGACCUUUUUCUGCCUCUCCACUUCCAGCUACUCUCUGAAGACUGGAGAAGAGACCCUCUUAUGAAUAUUAGGGGGGUGGGCAGGGGAAAGACUAGACCAUGUGAAAAAUGAACAUAAUAUUUUAGCUGCAGUUCAUUCAUUUUCAGCUUUGUAUUCUUGUUAUAGAAAUGUGUGCCUAGACAUUCCAUUGUUGUGUCCAUAACCUAGGUUUAAGGUGCCAUUUAGCUCCUAGUUUUCAUAUCUCAGUUUCUAACACUGGGUGAAACCUCUGAUUUCAGUUUGGAGAAGGAACGUGCUUUAUCUAUCAGAGUUUUUGUUGUCCAAAAAACCAGAGUCCCAGCUACACAAAUCUCCCAGGGACGGGUGUGGUGACGCUUUGCACUGGGCCAAGCAAUUACGAUGGAAGCUGCCUGCUUCAGUUCCAAGUAUAAAUGUCAAAGGGGAAAGCAAUAAAAAUGGGGCAGUUUAGCAUACAACUUCCGUAUGUUGAUUUGUAACACAUGGAUGCAAAUUGAAGCUGAGUUUCAGAGGGAAAGUUGCUCCAUAAGCAGUGUGUGUGUGUGUGUUUGUGUGUGUGUGUGUGUGUGUGUGUCCCCUCACACAUUUGUAGGUAUACUUUAUUGGAGUAGCUGGAAGGCAUAGUAAAUGUCAAAAGUUUGGCAAUGGCUGUGAUCACUGCAGCCAAAUUAGUCAGCGCAAGACAUUAGAAGUCAGAUAAAGUAGUUGACCAUCCUACAGUGUUGAAAAAACACCACCACCCAUAUGGGUUAUAGCACUUGCAUAUUAUGAAAGAGAUAUUGAAGGAUGUGCACUGAACACAUUGAUUGAAGAAUGGAGUCUGAUAAUUAUGGGAAUGUUAUGGGAAUGUAACAUUCCAUUACGGUGGUGCCUCGCAAGACGAAAUUAAUUCGUUCUGCGAGUUUUUUCGUCUUGCGAAUUUUUCGUCUUGCGAAGCACGGUUUCCCAAAGUCUUCAAAAUCACCAAAGUCUUCAAAAACCUCAAAAAAGGCUACCACACCGCGUGCUAUGAGUUGCUCCUCGAAGUCACCCUGGGUAUUAACGGUUUUAAGAAAAAGGAAACAAACUUGCAAGACGUUUUCGGUUUUUUUGUUUUUCGUCUUGUGAAGCAAGCCCAUAGGGAAAUUCGUCUUGCGAAGCAACUCAAAAAACGAAAAACUCUUUCGUCUUGCGAGUUUUUCGUCUUCCAAGGCAUUCAUCUUGCGAGGUACCACUGUACUGUGUUCAGCCUUCCCUACUUUCAUUCCUAUAAUCCUACAUUUUGCUAAAAGAAGAACAAUAACCAAAGACCCCCAGUAAAUAACCACAGUGGAUAAACUGUGAUUGACUUCUUGUAAAUGGAUGCAUGACGUUAUGAAACCGUGUUUACAUGUGUAGAUGAAAUAUUGUGGGUUGUACCUAGUGCUAGUCCAAUCCAGGACAGACCCGAUGAAAUGGACACGGUCAAAUUAGGUCCAUUAAUUUCAGUGGGGCUUACUCUGAGUAGAAUUCGGGUGGAUACAAGUGCGUGUUUUAUUUGUAACUAUUUUGGGAUGUACCCAGCUCAGCUUCAUUCAGAGUAAGCCCAUUGAAUGGACCUGUCUUUUAAUUUCAAUGGUCUACUUUGUGUAGGAGGAACAUUGGCUAGAACCCAAUAUUUUUUGCAAGAAUUUUUUCUUAAGUGGGGAGUCAGGACAGGAGAUCUGAGGCCUGGUACAAAAGACUGUGUGUGAGAGAGAGAGAGCUUGUGUCAGCUACUGCAUAAUAACACCCUGAGAGAUCCAGGCAAAUGUAGAACUCUCAAACACUGUUACCUCUCCGAGAUUCAGAGUUCCCAGAUUAAACCUGCCUCCUCUUCCCUACUAUGUCAGUCAGCCCUGUUUAGGGAAGCUUUUAAUAUUGGAUGAAUCAUUGUAUUUUAAUAUUCUGCUGGAAGCCGCCCAGAGUGGCUGGGAAAACCCAGCCAGAUGGGCAGGAUAUAAAUUAUAAAUUAUUAUUAUUAUGUCAUCCUCUACAGGUGUUCGGCAUGGAUCUGAUCAUGGGGAGCGAUAGCCUGUGGCCGCUCUUGCUGGGGUUCAUCUUUGUUCCUGCCUUGGCGCAAUGCAUCCUGCUGCCCUUUGCCCCAGAGAGUCCCCGCUUCCUCCUUAUCAACCGCAACGAGGAGAACAAAGCCAAGAGUGGUGAGCAGCCGCCUCCUUGCGAAAGGGGCCUUUAGGGUGGGGCCUGCACAUGUUCAGUGCCCAUGCAGGCAUGUGGCACAGUGGUAGCAUGCUUCUGGGUGGAGCUAUGUGACUGAGGUCAUGUGCUGUCUUAUCCACUGCCCUGGGAUCCCUCGAGAUGAAGGGUAGUUUAGAAAUGUCACAAGUAAAUAAAAUAGUUGCUGCAAACAUCGUGCGAUUGAAAAGAGAAGAAAACACAGGGCUCGUGCACAUUUAAUGUGUAGCUUACUAUGUGUAACUAUUAAAGGUGUAAGAGCCCUCUCUUAUUCUCCUAUUCUUUCUUCCCCCCCUUCCUUACUUCACCUGCAAGUCAUGAGUGCAUCUCACCUGAUUCCUCCCUCAUUUCUCUUCAGUCCUGAAGAAGCUCAGAGGGACGACCGACGUCAGCAGCGACCUCCAGGAAAUGAAGGAGGAGAGCCGGCAGAUGAUGCAGGAGAAGAAAGUCACCAUCCCGGAGCUUUUCCGCUCGCCCAUGUACCGCCAGCCCAUCCUCAUUGCCGUGGUCUUGCAGCUUUCCCAGCAGCUCUCUGGGAUCAAUGCAGUAAGUGGCUGCAGGGGAGCGGAGGAGCUGGUGGUUGGUUCGAGGGUGAAGAGGCUCUGCGAGUGGUCUGCUGACGCAACACCAUUCGUGGCUAGGAAUCUUCUCUCUUUGCCCCUUUCCUCCUAUACCAGGGCUAAUUGCUGAUUAAAUCAAUCCUAUAUGCAUUACGGUGAGGACGAGAAUCUUGUUUUAUUUUUAGGGAAAGGCUAGAAUGCUUGCUUUGCUUUCAAUCCCCAGUGGCAUACCAGGUAGGGCUGGGAGAGACGCCUCAAACUCCAGAGAACUGCUGCCAGUCAUUUAAGGCAAUGCUGAGCUAAUCUGAUGUUCUAACUUGGUAGAAGGCAGCUUCCCGUGCCCUGCGAUGCUGCAUUCUGGACACUGGUCCUGCACAGGUCACCUCUUUACAUUUCUUCUUUCUUUUUCCUAGGUAUUCUACUAUUCAACCAGCAUCUUUGAAAAAUCCGGGGUGCAGCAGCCUGUCUAUGCCACCAUCGGGUCAGGAGUUGUAAACACGGCCUUCACCGUGGUCUCAGUAAGUGCCUUCCUUCGCUGCUGGCAAAAGGGGGGUGCUCCAAAUAUAGUGGCAGGGGGCAUCCUUAGGCCAGGGGCUACUUUAAUACUGGAGCUCACUGGCGGCAAUGGUGUCCCAAAUAUCUUGCAGUCUCUAUCUGCAGUUGGUUGUAUCCAACUAAGUGCUACUCAGACUAGACCCAUGUUAGUUGCAUUCAUUAACCCCUCCCAAAUACAGGCCUCUGAUAUUUUUAAAGAUAAUGAGAUUUGUGCAGGGUUCCUGGAGGCAGACACUGGGGGAAGUCCCUCUCUGCUUGGGACCUCUGCUGGCCAAAUUGAAACGGGUGGCUCUUGUGUUCCUAUGACAGGCAUAGGCAAACACCAGCCCCCUUGAUGUUUGGGACUUCAAUUCCCAUCAUCCCUAGCUAACAGGACCAGUGGUCAGGGAUGAUGAGAACUGCAGUCCCAAACAUCUGGAGGGCCGGAGUUUGCCUAUGCCUGUCUUAUGCUGUUGGAGGAGUAUGCCCCGCUGUGCUUCUCCACGAGUCCUUGUUCUAGGUCUGUCUCUUCUGGAGUCAUUCUGCCACUUUGCUGCAGGAGGAGCAACUCAAAUGACUGACUCCGGCAAUGGAGACUGAUCGGCAGGAGGAUGCAAGGGCUGUAGCUCAGUGGCAGAGCAUUUGCCUGCUUUGCAUGCAGAUAGAAUCAUAGAGUUGAAACGGAUCUAGUCCAACCCCUGCAGUGCAACCUGGGGCUCAAACCCACAACCCUGAGAUUAGGAGUCUCAUGGUCUUAUCAACUGAGCUAUCCCAGCAAUUGUUUAGUCCCCAGCAGCAGUUCCAGGUAGAGCUAGAAUAGACUCCCUUUGUCUGACAUGCUGGAGAGCUGCUGCCACUCAGCACAGAAAAUAAAAGAGCUAAAUAGACCAAUAGUCUAUGUUUUAAAACAACUUCUAAGUCAUGCAGAAACACAACAAGCAGCUCCUCUGUGAGUGGGUCCCUUGGGUUUCCCAGGAACUUCUAACUAAAGUUAUUUCUCAGGGCAUACUGCUUCUGGUUUAUUCAUCCUGCCAAAGAGGAACUCAUUUCUUUGUCUCCCUUUCGAUAGCUGUUCGUGGUGGAGAGGGCCGGACGGCGGACUCUGCAUCUCGUGGGCCUGGCCGGAAUGGCAGGGUGUGCAGUCCUCAUGACCAUCGCUUUGGCGCUUCUGGUGAGUGGCAUUUGAUCAGAGGACAAUGAAAUAAGCUGAGAGCAUGCCUCCACCUCUUGGGGUUGAAUUAACUGCAGAGUAGGCUGGCCAACGCCCUAGCCCUUAACAACUUGGGACCAGUUUACCUGCGAGAUUGUCUCUCCCCCCCCCCCCCCCACAUAUGCGCACACGGCCGCUUCAGUCUGAGAAAUUGGUGCUGCUAUAGUUGCCAGAUAAUAGCCAUUCUGCACUUGUAAGAAAACAACCUUAUAUUGUAGCAACACCUGCUCUUUGGAACUCCAUUCCUAUAGACAGCAGGGAGGCGCUUUCAUUGUACUCUUUACGGCACCUUCUAAAUGCACUUUAUUAAAGGAAAGCCUUUCCGGACAGGUGUACAUCUGUUUCUAGCUUGUUUUAAAUUUUUUUGCAUGUUUUAAGUCUCUGUUUAUAUUGAUUUUAUGUUUUUUAAUUAUUUUUGCAAACUGCAUUGAAGUUGUCCCCCCGUCCCCUUAGAAUCAAGCGGUAUAUAAAUUUUAUGGAGUAAAUAAAUAAGAAAAAUAGGCUGGGUCCCUGGCUCAGUUUGCUUUCCUUCAUCUACCACAGGGCUAGUCAACGUGGUGCCCUCCAGGAGUUGCUGGACUACAACUCCCAUCAUCUCUGUCCACUGGCCAUGCUGGUUGGGGCUGAUGGGAGUUGGAAGCCAGACCAGAUCUGGAAGGUGCUGCGUUGGCCACCCCUGGCCUGUAAGCAUGCCCUUCAGAGCAGUUGGUUUGCUACUACAUUCAGGUAGCAAAACUGCACACCAGAUGGAGAAAUGGGUGGGGAAAGAGGCCACUGGAGCACCAUUUAAAGUAAUGAAUACAUUUUUAAUUGAAGUAAUGGAAGCCAGAAGGUACUGUCUGCACACUUGGGGAAACGCUCUGAGGUUUUUUAGAAGUAAAAAAUAAAAUACAUCAUUUUUAAAAAUAUAUAAUUUAGGGCAGCAUGAAACAGCUCAAUGAGGAUGAGCUUACGUGUGGUAUACAGAAAUAUUUGAUUUGGGGCUCAGUUUCCCUGUGAUGCUCCCUGUAUGACUUUAGGUUGGCCACUCUCUCACUCACAGGCUCACUCGUCUCAUGGGAUAGAGGGUCAAAUGUUGUUGUGGAUAAUGAGGACAGACGCCCAUGCAUGUAUUUGGCUCUGACUUGAUCUUGUUUUUCGACACUAGGAGCAAAUGGCCUGGAUGUCCUACCUCAGCAUCAUUGCCAUCUUUGGCUUCGUGGCGUUUUUCGAGAUCGGCCCGGGCCCCAUUCCGUGGUUCAUCGUGGCGGAGCUCUUCAGCCAAGGCCCCCGGCCCGCAGCCUUCGCUGUGGCCGGCCUCUCGAACUGGACGUCAAACUUUAUUGUGGGGAUGAGCUUUCAGUACAUUGAGGCAAGUUGAUUUGCUGGGCCAGUUUCACUCUGGGCAAGGUGGCCUUCCCCAUAGAUUCUGGCUUCAGUCCUUUGAGUCAAGGGGUGGGUGUUUCUUUACAAUGCACCUCCUAAUGGUCAACUUACAUUUGUAUUGCACUGCAACGUAACUAGGGCAAUGUCCACACUGCACAUUUAAAGCACUACAAUACUUUAGUCAUGGCUUCCCCCAAAGAAUUCUGGGAGCUGUAGUUUGUCGAGUUGGUUGUAGCUCUGUGAGGGAACUGGAGCUACUAUUCCCAGAAUUCCCUGUGACGAGGGAUGGGUGGUUAAACAACCCUGGGGAAUUGUAGCUCUCUGAGAGAAAUAGGGGUCUUCAAACUCAGCACCCUUAAUAAACUACAGCUCCCAGAAUCCUUUGGGGGAACCCAUGGCUGUUUAAAGUACACUUAAUUUGCAGACCUUUCAGGCAAAACAGGAGGAUGCUCAGGACCCUUAAAUGAUGAGAAAAGUAUGAAAGAGAAGCAUUGGUCAAUUAACUCUUACAAUUGCUGGUUUUAACUGUUUUUACCAAUUCUUUUUUUAUUCUUUUUGUUAACCAGUUUGAGGUUUUCUACUAUCAAGUUCUGUAUCCAUUUUGUGAAAUAAAAUAAAUUAUGAAAUAAAAUAGGGAGGGAGUGAAAUUGCCGGGUGGAAAACACAACAGGAACAUAGGAAGCUGCCUUUACACUGAAUCAGACCAUCAGUCCAUCUAGGUCAUUAUUGCCUAUACUGACAGACAGCAGUAGCUUUCCAGGGUUUCAGGCAGAGCUUACAGCCCCAAACUGAUAGGGCAGAUCCAGCAAUAUGAAACCCGCCUCUUUCUCUUUCCCUGCAGGAAGUCUGUGGCCCUUACGUCUUCAUCAUCUUCAUGGUGCUCCUGAUCCUCUUCUUCAUCUUCACCUACUUCAAGGUGCCCGAGACAAAAGGCCGCACCUUUGACGAGAUUGCCUCCGGCUUCCGCCAAGGGGGCGGUGGGCAGAGCGACAACAAGACGCCGGAUGAAUUUCACAGCUUGGGCGCAGACUCCCAAGUCUAAGCCCCGAAGACCCGACCGGCUCCUCCCUUCGCUUCACUUCCUUUGCUGCCUGUUCUUGACGCUUGUAAACAGAAGCCAGGCUCAUGGCGAAGCAGGCGCCGAGGCCUCCUUUCCGGGGCUGCCGCCUGGUUUCCAGGCGACGAACUGACGCCCAGCCCUAGGAAUGGUUAGCUGGUUUUUCACGUCCAGGAUUUCAAUGCUGACAAGGUUCGGAAGCCGCGGCUGUGUUGAGGCCGAGCCUCUUCCGUGGGGCAGCAAUAAGUCCUUCCAGUGACCAGACCCUCACUUUUAUUUUUAGAAGGAAAAGAAAGAACCGCAGGAACACACACACACACACACACACACACACACACACACACACACACACAGCCCUUCCAAGUUUGCAAUAACAGAAGCAGCCCAUUUUAAUCCAAAGACAACUGUUCUGAUUCUGAUUUUAAUGAGACACUUAAAAAUAAAUUGAAGGGGUGUGGGGAGACUGUAGGAUUGAUCCAUGAUGACAAAAGAAUUUCCUGCUAGGUUGGGCCCUGAAACAAUAGGGGUUGCUUCUUUUAUCCUUCCCAUAAGGCUGUUACAAAAAGGAGGUUUGAUAUUUUCUUAAAAGGUCAGUGAUUGAGGACCCUUACCCUUUAACACCCAAAUCUAAUUUGCCUCUCUGUCAGUUACCGUUCCUCAGCAGGAGGAGAGAGGUGGCUGCAGCCAGAGGGGAAGCUGAGAGAAGUGAGUCAGUUCAGAAAAAAGCAAGCAUUGCAUUUUUAAUCUUUUUUUGGUUUGGCGGAGCAGAGGCCCUAAAAGGCUCAGGCCCGAGAGCGGACUCUCGCAGGGCCGUGGCCCUUUCUGACCCUGCAGUGUGAUAGUGUCUCUUGCUUGUUUGGCUGAGGAGAGGCAUACAUAUACAUAUACAUAUACGUGUGUGUAUCCACCUCUGAUUUUGCAUGUCUGAAAGGUAAACUACAAAGAGGAAUGUUUGUUGCUCUGCCCACUUUUGCCUCUGGUUGCAUCCAGAACGUGGCCCUCAGCCUGGAAGUUUCCCCACUGUUGCCCUAAAGCUAUCAUGCAGCCAUUUGUUCCCUCUUUAAAACUGUAGGUGGAGGGAGGGCAAGACCCUUGAGGCCAUUAUGUCAUGGUGUCUUUUCACCUGUCCUGGCUCGCUCCACGUAGCUUAGCUUUUAGUGGACAACCACAUGUUGGGAUGGGAGGAAACAAAGCAGACAUAACCCAAGGUUUCCCUGUUCAGCCCUAAUGCCCUCUCUCCUUACUGCUUCCCCACCCUAUGAGGAGAGUCCAGCUGGAUCAGGCCCAAAGGUCUAUCUGAUCAUUAAAUACCCUGUAUUCAAAUGGUGACAAAUGAGCUGCCUCUACUGAGGUCACAAGGGGAGGGCGUGAAGUUGACAAGCACCCCGCUUGCUUUUUGCCCACCUCUGCUCUUCAAAGGUAGACUGCUCCUGAAGAUGGAGGUUCCACUAACCAGUAGCCAUGGAAACAGAAGCCUAGUGCUGGAAAGGACCUCCUCUCGUCUAAAUUCCUUUUAGAGCCUUCUAAGCCAGCCGGUGGCCACGGCUGUUCCUUCUGCCAGCAAAUUCCAGACAUUUAAUGACAUGCGGUGUGACAAAUGCCUUGGAAAUGGGGGCAGGAGAGGAAUCCAAAAGAACACCCCGAACCUCACAUAUUGAUCUCCUUUCACCAAAAGGCUCCAUAAAGACACAGUUCUAUUGUGUCUGCUGCAGAGGGCCUCUGGCAAGCUCCUCUCCUCUCCCUUAGCACCCUGGACUCACCGAAAUGACAGAGACUCAGUGAAAAAUGGCUGCACACAUUUCCUGCUUACUGUGUAUAGACUGGAAAAUAUUUAUAUUAUAUAUAUAUAUAUAUAUGUAUUUUAUUUUGUUCCACCAUGUUAAUAGAGCACUAAGUUAUAGUGUGGUUUCAGAUGGACAAGCAACUUUACUGUAAAUAAAUAUAUGAUAAAACAGAUCUUAGUUCCUCUAGCAAGAGUUGUAUUUGACUAAGAUGACUGUUUGUUUGUAUAGAUAAAAUUAAUAUGCACUGUAGUGGCAUCUGAAUGCACUGACAUUUUAGACCUUCCUCCGUAUAGUCAACUACCCCAAGCCCUUAAAGGACCCUGAGCAAGUGUGUUUUUUGGAUAGAAGCUCUUGGCAGGUUUGCAAAAAAUCAAAGAGAGAAAAUGGACACACAGCUAUUUAAAAAUAAGUAUUUUUAAAUUUUAUUUUUCUGUUUUUAAAUUGAAGACACGACCACACUUGGAAAAAAAGGACAAUAUGUUUUUAGGAAUUGCAGAGAAAAUGAAACGUUAACUUUUUGCAUUUGCUGUGUAUGGUGUAAUGUCAGAAUGAACUCCUUUCUAAAGUGCCAAUGGUUAAGGGGUGGGAGGGUAAAGAGAAGAAAAAAAGACACACAGAAAGGAGAACCUUGUAUGGACAGAAUAAAUGAAAUGAGCGUUUGAGAACCCUGGACUGUGUCAUGUGGUUUCAUUUCAGCCCUUGCAGGAAAUCCUGUGCCUUGAGGGGGAGGGGUCAGCCUGGGCUUGGGGGUCCUCUCAAGGAAUCUCCUGCCUGUUCACCUUGAGGGUUGGAGGCCACCCCUCCAUUGGCCCUCUACUUUCUUCCCUGAGGAAAUUCUCAGCGAGCUGCUACAAUAAAUCUAGAACAUCAUUCCCUCCUGCAGCAAGCACAUGCGGGUCUCGUUCCUCCCUACAUCCUGUUGCUCCUGGGCUACCCAGAGCAAUCAUGGUUUAGCAUAUUGCCUGAGCUUGGGCUCUGGGGUUUGCCUUGCUCUAGCCAAACCAUGACCCAUAUAGACAUGGGUGCAACUGUAUGCUC